CGACCCCCGCGCCCACUACCGCAGCGCCAGCCGCGACGCCCGCCUCGACGACCUGCACCACGACCCGCACCACGACCCGCACGCCGACCCGCACGCCGACCCGCUGCCCCGCACGCGCGAGCGCCGCGAAAAGGACAAGAAGACCAUGCUGUCCCGCGCCCUGCAAAAGGCCAACACCGCCGUGCUGCUCGACAAUGCCCAGAACUUCGAGGGCGCCAUGGAGGCGUACGAGGACGCCUGCAAGCUGCUGCAGCAGGUCAUGAUCCGCAGCUCGCAGGACGAGGACCGCCGGAAGCUGGACGCCAUUCGCGUGACGUACACCAACCGCAUCGAGGAGCUGCGCCGCCUGGACCCCACAUACAUGAGCAGCACCGGCAAAUCGCUGCCCGCGCGGCCCAUGAGCGGCGAGUCGCUCGACGAGCAGCGCUCCAUGCUGCUGGAGGCCGACGACGACGACGAUGAAGAAGACGACUCUGUUAUUUUCGAGACGGCCACCGUGACCAGGAUUGUCAACGACCGCUCGGAGAAUCUCCACCCCAGAGACCCAGAACCGCCCCCCCUCUCGGCCGCCCAGCUGCCCCUCCGGAAACCCGAAUUUUCUGGCCCCCGCGAGUCGGUCAUCAGCACCGCCAUCCGCGAUGUCCAGCGAAACAUGCAAACAACCCAAUUCAACCUCCAACCGCCGCCCGGGCGGCUCGCAGGAUCGCUGCCCAUCGAAUCACCCAUGGACCGAUCGUACAUGCCCCCGCCCCUGUCACCAAAGCGCUCCAAAUCACCCCUCUUCAGCGCCACCCUCCCGAAAGAACCCUUCGAUGCGCAGCGAUUACUGCAGCCACAACAGCCAGCACAGUCCAGACACCAGCGCGCCCAUAGCAAUGAGUCGACGUCGUGGCUGGACACCAUUGACGAAUCUGGCGGCUCUUCGUGCUCGUCCUCGCCGCGCUCCCUCUCGCCUCGGUCCCACAAACACACCCGGAAUCGGAGUGGGGCGACGGAAGCCGAGUUCGACGCUGCUCUCGACGCCGCCGUCGAGGCUGCCUACGACGACGGCUUUGAGCCGUUCGACGAAGACAUCGCGCCCGACGAGCUCACCUCGACACGACUGCGGAACGUGGAGAUGGCCAAGGAGAGGGCCCGGGAAGCCGAGCGGGAGGAGGCCAUUGCGGCAGCAAAAUACCGCUUCAAAGAGACCCAGCUGCAGAACGAGCAGCUCCCCCACGUCCGGGAAAGCGCCGAGCUGAUGCUGAACGACGAGGCGGACGAGGAGGAGCGGCUGCUGGACGAAAUGACCCGCGAGUACAUGCUGGACGGAUUCGAUUUCGACCUCCAGACCAAGUCGUCACUGCCCCGGCAGUCGGAUUCGAGCGGCUAUUCCGCAUACAACAGCUCCGUGUCCUCGCAUAGAACCACCGGAGGGACCUCGUUAUCAACAGUCGCAGAGGUCAUGCAGCCAGCAGCCCCCAACCCACUAACACUACACUCGGCCCCUCCGGUACCUGCUCCGUCGGGUGCAUUACCUGCACUCCCUCCGCCUCCGCCAGGCGCUCUGCCUUCGGUCCCAGAACUCCAACCUAUCCAGGCGGUCGAUGCCGAAAUCACACCACGGCCCACUACCGCCACUAAGGAGGCAGCUUCCGUAAGGAGUCGGAGAUUAUCAGGACAGAACGCUAAAACACUGAAGAUCGAAACAUCCCUGCCAACGGUCGUUGCGCCGCCGCAUACGGAGAAACCUCCGGUUCCCGCGAAGAACUCACCUCUCGACGCCCCGCCGCCGCCCCAGUCUGCAGGUGCAGCACUGUUCGGCGGCACGCAAUCCAGCCUAGAUCCGACUUCCAAAACACCAGCUCUGCCACAAGUGCCUCAACAGACGGGUCUUAUCCCUCCGUCGCCACUGCCUGGGCUGCCCAGCGCGGCCGACACAGCUGCCACAAUAUCACCUGCAACGCCAGCCUUGGGCCAUGCCGCGUCCAACGAAUCGGGUCUCGCACCGGCCUCUCCCAAGUCCAAGCCCUCAGCUCUUGGCAUCAGGAAGAACAAGUCGUCGUUGAGCUUGAAGCAGAGGACGCUCUCUAUUUCAAGCCCGGACGGCUCAGAUGCCUCGAUCGGCACGCCGCUGAGCACGACCUUCUCCAUCACAGGCCGCAAGCCGAGUCUCGCGAACAUCGGGCCACUGCCGACGCCGGGUCUUCCCACAUUCAACGUCGAUGGACUGCCCAGCGGCGGUAUGCAUCUGUUCGAGAGCGAUAUCCACUCACCAUUCUCGCCGGGCUCGCCGAGCCCUGCUGUAGCCAAUGCGCCGAUACCCCUGGAGCCAUGUCCGGACACGUACCUCCUGCGGCCGUUCUGGCUGAUGCGGUGCUUCUACCAGACGAUUGUGCAUCCGCGGGGUGGAUAUCUCUCGACGAAGCUCUUCAUCCCACGUGACGUCUGGCGCGUGAAGGGCGUGAAGAUCAAGAACGUUGAAGACAAGAUUGCAAGCUGCGACCUCCUCACCGCCGCGCUGCAGAAGAUGGCGUCCAUGGACACGCUCGAUGCAGACGCCGUGCUGGAGGAGAUGCAGGCUCUAGAGGUCGUCCUCGACCAAGUCCAGGCCCAGCUCGCCAAGAAGCUGGGUAACGAAGUCGGCGUGCAGAGCGUCUCCACACUCUUCAAAGACGCGACCCACGUCGGCGAAGGCAGCUCCGGCGACACCAUGCGCGGCAUGUACAGCGCGCAGGACAACAGCACCAGCCGCGCCGUCGCCCAGGGGAAGAGCUACCUCUCCUCGUGGCGCAAGCUGCGCAGCAAGAACUCGGGCGUCAACCUGGCCAGCCUCGCCGGCCCCAAGCCGCCCAACGGCGACGUCCCGAAGGACUCGCUCAACAUGCCCACCCUCCCCAUGACCAGCCUGCCCUCACUCCGCUUCGCCAAGCGCGACACCGCCGCCCUGACCUUCGAGGGCCCCAACUCGGGCUACAUGAGCAGUCUGGCGCGGCUUUUCGACUCGGCGCAGAUCCUGGACCAGAUCGCCCGCCAGGUCGAGGACCCGGGCCUCAAGCACUCGUCGCUGACGCACGUCGGGCUGGAACUGUCCUCGCGCCACGCCGCCGAGUUCUUCGGCUUCUUCAUCUGCCGCUUCGUGCUGACGGACGUCACGCUCAUGCUGGACAAGUUCAUCAAGCGGGGGAGCGAGUGGGUGCUUGUUUAGGGUUGUAAUAUCGGGGGUUUGUCUGGCGGACGAGCGGCCGGGCAUUUCGUGCGUGUCGAACGGACGGCCCGCAGCUCAUGCUCACCCCCUCAACAAGGCGUUUUCGGUGCCCGGUGUUUUCCAUGUUGCACGACGUCAUGCACGCGCAGUACCCCCUUUUUCCGCGCUCUCUUCGUUGUUGUUUUUCGUCGCGCGUUGUUCUGAUACACUAUAAUGCACUAUUGGUGCGUGAGAGAUGGAGAUAUCCCGUGGCUGGUGGGGGGAGUGUGAGUGAGUGGAUGGAUAGUAUGAAUAGAAAGGAAUGGAGGGAUUGCAG